CUGUGUGCGAGGAGCGUGGGUUGUGUGCUGACCUGGAACAAAGGCCCCAACGUCACACCCCAGCUUGUCGCCCUGGCUCUCACCUGCUGGCGUCCCAGCUCCAACUUCAGCCUGGCCGCGCCUACUGGACAGCAGAGACCGCCUCCGAGCCUCUGGUGGGCCUGGCGAGGAGCCUCAGUGCCCCUCAGGGCCUGCCUGUCCUCUCCUCAGCAGGGCCUCAUCUUCACACUCCUGGCUCCAUAGAGGCCACAGACCCCUUGUCCCUUGCCCAGUGGCCACUCUUCAGUUCCCAUCUCCCUUGGCUGAGCGUCAUGCAUGCCACGCAGACCCCCUACCACACAGAAGAUGCCAACUCAUGCUGCCCCGCCUCAGUUUCCCAAUACCGUUCUCGCCCAGGUCUACCCUACCCUCAGGGGCCGGCUUUGGGGUGCUGGCCCUGUGUGUUCAGUACUCCGCUCCCCGACUGUCUGCAGCUGUUUGCUCCCUCAGUGGGGUUCACCUGGGGCUCCCUUGCCCACAGCCUAAACUACGAUCCCAACAAGGGGGGCUCCAGUUCCCUGUGUGAAGGGCCCCUGGUCAGCCCAAGGGGACUCUUGGUGGCACUCCAGGCCAGGCCUGGAGUACUGCCAGGUCCCGGCCCCAACAGUGGGGCUGUCAGCAGUCUAGCUCCUCAGAGUCACCGAGGCGAAGCUGUGAGCCCGAGCUGCCUGACGGCUCGAGGAGGGGCCUUCCUGUGCUUGGAUCCACAGCGCAGCUGCAGGACAGAAGGGUCAGGCAGCCCUUGCCUCCUGGAGGAUGGGACUAACUUCACACUUGGAGAUGAAACCUGGGAAUUUCCAGUCCGCUCUGUUCUCCAGGUUGCCUGGCUCGGGCCCAGCCCAGGACAGUGGAGUGAGAACAGGCCUGCGGUGUGGGAGGCCCCAGAGGUGCUGCCCCUGCGCACCCCGCGUGCGCUCACUCCGCGCCCCCCGCGUGCGCUCACUCCGCGCCGUGCACCCUCCGGUGCUGGAUCAGAUGGGAGCUGAGGCGGAAGGCGCUGCCGCACUCGGAGCAGCGGAACGGCCUCUCGCCCGUGUGCACCCUCUGGUGCCGGAAGAAGCCGGACAGCGCCCGGAAGGCGCGGCCGCACUGGCCGCACUCGUGGGGCUUCUCGCCCGUGUGGAUGCGGCGGUGCUCGCCGAGGAAGGAGGCGCGGCUGAAGGCGCGGCCGCAGUCCGGGCACGCGUAGGGGCGCUCGCCCGUGUGGACCCGCUGGUGCUGGAGGAGGUUGGAGCUCUGGCUGAAGGCGCGGCCGCAGUCCUGGCACUCGUACGGGCUCGCCCCGUGGUGAGUCCGCUGGUGGCGCACCACGUUGGAGCUGUGCACGAAGGUCCUGCCGCAGUCGCUGCACUCGUACAGCCUCUCUCCAGUGUGGAUCCUCCGGUGCUUGGCGGCGUCCGACCUCUGGCUGAAGGCCUUGCCGCACUCGGGACACUCGUAGGGCUUCUCGCCCGUGUGGACCCUCUGGUGUCUGAGGAGGUUGAAGCUCUGGCUGAAGGCCUUCCCGCACUCCUGGCACACGUAGGGCUUGUCCCCGUGGUGAGUCCUCUGGUGCCGCACCACGUGCGAGCUGUGGAUGAAGGCCUUCCCACAGUCGCUGCACUCGUAGGGCUUGCCCCCAGAAUGCAUGCUUUGGUGCUUCACCACAUCUGAGUGGCAUUUGAAGCUCCGGUCACAGGUGUCACACUGAUAAGGCCGCCCUCUGCAGCGGCCUCGCUGAUCUGUUCCAGGGCCUGAGUUAAGUGUGCUGUCUGAUCUGGACACACCACCCUCGCCACUGCUGUGCCCUCCAGUUCUCUCACCAGUCCCCAGUCCCCUGGGGCCCUCUCCAGGCCUCUGUGCAGCGUCCACAUGUUCACGAAGGUCCUGAGACCUGGGUGCUCCGGGCGGCCCCUGCAGGAGCACAGGCACAGCCUCUUCAAGGCAUCCUCCUGCCCCUGAAGCCUCCAGCUGUGCAGUCAGCCCCACAGUCUGCACUGCCUGCCCAGCACACACUGGAAAUGUAGUUUUCACAGCUAGAGGAGACCAGACAUGCACAAGCUUAGACACAAGACAACCGUCACCAUGAUACCUGUGAAUUUGAGAUGGCACCAGCAAGCCAGGGUAAUGACUGAGGAGUAAGAUUAAAGUCCUACGUAGUGGAUCUCUAUUA